ACUAGAGACAGGCAGGAACACUCUUGGGGAUUCACAGAGGGCAAGGAUGGUGUCUGUCUCCCAGUCACCUGGUGAGCCUCACAGGAGGCUCCUUCCAUUGUUCCUGGGCCUGAGGAACAGGAAUGUGUCCUUUGUAUUGGACACCUCAGAGGCCAUGAGCACUGCUCUGGGGUCAGUGAAGCGCCUGCUCAUCCAGACCCUGCUGAACAAGGCAUCCCUCAGAGACUCGCUCUUCAACAUCAUAGGCUUCUCAUACAAGGUAACCCGUUGGUCUGAGCACAUGGUGCCCUGUGCUCCAGAAACUGUCUACGAGGCUCUAUCCUGGAUUCACUCCCUCAGCUCCAGCCCAGGUAGGGACCUCAUGGCUGCCCUGAGUACAGCCUUCAGCGACCCAGCCUGCCAUGCCGUCCACCUGGUCACCACCGGUCUCCCUGACCACCCAGAGGAACUCCUCCGGGCCUUGUCAACCAUGGCAGGGGAGAGGCCAGUCCAUGUGUUCCACCUGUCGCUAUCUAACCCCAGCAGCAGCAGCUCUCUGGACGGCAGGACUCAGGACUUCAUCCAGUGUCUGACUCAUGCCACAAGAGGGAGCUGUUAUGUUCUCCCUGUCGGGAUGGAUGGGGCAGUAGAGCAGGUGAUUCCAUUGUACACUGCUGAGAGCCAGCCCUCAGUGCCGACCUGUUCUCCAGUGAAGUCCUGCAGUCAGUCCACCUCUGUUGUUCCACUACAGCCUUUACUGCCCUUAUCUCCUCUCAGGUGUAUGCUUGGUAAUCCCUUCUGUCCAGUUAGUAGCUGUGUGUUGUCAGGGAGGGCCCUGUCCAUAUGCAGCACAGAGUUUCUCCCAGGCUGCCGUGUGUUGGCCAGGAGGGAGCUAGAUGGCCUUUACUACUUGGGGACUGUAACGCAGCUAGUCCAGGGUCGAAGAGGAGUGUACGUGGUUGAGUUUGACAGGCCGGGGACGAGGAGACCCGAAGGGGGAGACGAUCACGCUAUGAGGAUGUCCCAGCAACAGCAGCUAGUCUGCUCUCCAGACAUGCUGAACCACACUCAGGCCCACACACACUGUCUGGUCCCUGGGGAUGCAGUGUUGUCCCCGUGGGAACCUGACCUGAGGAGAUACGGUCCGGGGAGAGUGGUCUCCGGAAUGGAGACACGAGAUUCAGUGACAGUAGAGAGUGGGAAGGGGCUCCAGGUGCUGCUGUGGAAUGGUAGGCUGAUGCAGGUGCCUGGGGAUUUAGCUGUGUGGAUCCCUGCUUCUCAGCAUGAGCGGAUCGUCAGGGAGCUCCAGCGAAUUCCUCUGCCGCCGUGCUGCAAUGACAAUUUGCUCCACGUCCACAGCACCAUGAGGGCUCCCUAUCUGUACUGCACUGGAACACAGUGCUGUCCAUCAGCAGGUGGACCAUGCCAUUGUCAAAUCAUGCAGCCAUGGUGGCCACUGAGAGUUCCGCCUUGUCAUGUGCAUGGCCUGAGAGAGAGGGAGGGGCUAGAGAGGAAAAAGCGACAAGACCGGGCAGAGCUAGAGAAGAAGGUGGACCUCCAGUUGGGAGAGCUCAAGGAAACUAAAGAGGUCGAUCCUGAGACAUCAUCUUCGUCCUCUUCAUCCCUGUCGGGUGAUGAGGAAGCAGGGGCUAUAGGGGGAAAGUCUGUCAGCCUGUUGGCCAGCACAGAGCCCUCUCCCCUGGACAAACUGGGGCCAGAACACGGCCGACCUGCCUGGAGGUACUGGAGGAGAAGCCAUCCAGAGCCACAGCACAGACAACCAGAGAAUGUACCAAGGGGGAAAUUCCAGUCUAUGGAAAUCAGCUACCCUGACAUCGAGAUCAGUGGCUCACCUAAUCACAGCUCCAUGUUUCAGCCACUUCCUGGCUGUGAGAGGAGGGUGACCAUCAGGGAUGUGUUUGGCCUGACAGACUUCAAAUCUCGUCCAAAAACGAGACUGCAGUUAACCGCUGGCAACACGAUCACAGGUGUUUAUACAUGAUGGUUUUGACUAUUGAAGACGAAUCUUGUGGGGUCUUAACUCCCACACCUGUAGAAAUACACAUUUUCAAACUGAAAGACAAUGCCCAGAGCUUACCCAUGAUGUUGCACAACAGUGUAAGUCAAUAAGUCAUAGUUUUAGUCAAAGUAUGAUAUAUUUGAGCUUGAUGUGCCAGAUCCAAACGUGUAACUUCGGAUGUUUCCGUGAGUCUUACGUGUCUUUUCCUAUGGAGAUGACGUGCAAAUUACUUCCAGCCUACGUUUCAUUUCAGGGCUGGGUUUUAAUUAAACAUUACCACCCACCA